CAACCAAGGCAACAAGAAAACAGUUCUGAGCUGAGGAGCUGUGGAGAGCCUGGCAACUGCAAAGCUCAGUAAACACAGACAUUCGUAGCAUGGGCCGAAAUGAUUCAGUAGUAUGUAAAAGCAGCGGGCGGGGAUGCUGAACAAACACACGAAUGCAUUCUGAAUUAAAGAGAAAUGGUCGCUGAGGAGAGAGGAGCUCGGCCACAAACUGAGAACCUUUUGUAGAAUGGGAAGGUUCCUUGGACAUUAAAAGCUCUUUGUGGAACCACAGAUGCCGAUUAGAACCUUUAUUUUUAAGACAUUCAUUCAAAGAAACACAAACAACUCCACAAUGAAAGAUUUUGUCCUGUCUUUGCUGAGUCGUGGGUACGGCCACAUUGUGCCAAAUGAAGACGGUCAUGAUGGAAGACUGGAGGUCUGUUUUGAACCAGAGGACUACUUCAACUGGAAAUCCCAGCCUCCUUUGCUGCGGCUUACCAGCAGCGGCCGUUUUUUUGGAGGCCUGGAGCCAGUUCCUCCUAAGACCUACAGUACGAGGAGAGGGCCUCUUAUUCUGUAUUCGGAGGAUCUCGCACUGGCAUACCGGACUGGCCAGGUUAACAGGAAGAGAAUGGCUCCGAGCUGCCCAAAACAGGAAGUUGAGAAGCAGCUGCACACACUACAAGACCUGACUGGAGCUAUUUUGGCUUUUGGAAAAAAGAAGUCAACGGUUGGACCUCUUGCCGGUGUAACGCACCCCUUAUUGCCAGAUACUAAACAUGCUAUACAGAACAUCAACACCCAUCACAGACCUGGAGAGAAGAACUAUAAUUCAAGCCAGGUUAAAGGAGAAAAAACGAAUCAGAUCAGAUAUCAGCCACGUUUCCUCUGUUCCCCUCGGCCCAACAGGGCACACCUGGGUCCUCUGCCACCCAUAACGGAUGGUUCGGUACAUGUACAAAUCCAGGAGAAAACUCAAGCGGCACCAGAUGAACAAAUGGCCUUUAAGACCAAACAACAGAAAGACCAACUGAAAGAGAAGCCAAAAGAGAGAAACAGGAUAGCAGUUGACACGUGCAGAGCCCAGAUGAGUCCGAUCCCUGAGACAGAACCUGCACAUCAGACUGAAGAUCUAACAGUGACGCCAGCAAACAAAAAAAUCCCCUCUACAAUGCUCCCACAUGUGAUCGACCAUCCUAAAGAUCUAAACGGCCGUGGGAAGCGCAGCCGGAUGGAGAGUGGAGGUGGUGUUGGAGAGAUGUGCACGCUGAGGUCAGUGUAUGUGGAUUCGUCUUUGGAAUACAGCCCACUCUCACGGGUCAACUACUACGGUGGACACAUGGAGGGAUCCCGCCAGAUGAGACACUGUGGAGGUGAAGCUCACAUGAGGAGAGUGAAUACAGAAACAGAUCCAAGCUUCACCAUCUUCCACUUACCGCCCAUUAACCAGAGCCCACUGGUCAACUCAGGCUCUGACAUCACUUUAACAAUGAAUCAAACAGAAAUUAAAGAGAAAAAAAUCAGCUGUGAGAAUUUACCAAAAAGGGAACUACACGUACGUCUCCCUGACAUCAAAGUGGGAACUGCACAUGAAAACCCCUCAGAGAGACGCAUGCACAGCAAAGUGCUGCUGCUUUUCCCUGCACAAACAGACACCCAUCAGCCAGAUGAUGACCUCCACAGGACCCCUGUGAAGGAGACGGAGCCAAUUGGUGAUUUGGAGCAUGCAGUGGGGCUAGACCAAAGAAAACAGGACACUCACUCUGACAGCAAGUGCAGGAUUAUAGAGAUGGAUCUUGGACAUGUCAUGUGGUCUGAUGGUCUAGAAAAAGGAGAUCAACAUCCCCCUCUUGGUCCAUUGCCCCCCCUGGUGGGCCGGAGGGGUCCAGGUAAACAGAGCUCCAUGGCUGUGUACAGACAGAGCCUACAUGACCCUGCAGACACAUCAGAAACACAAACAGGAAACACUAGAGGUUGCAUCCCUCUGGAGCUCAGAGAAUGGCAGGGAGGCAAAGCAGUGGGCACCCUAAUAAUGGGUCCUGACGGUGAAAUCAUACGCUUGUCUCUCUGGGAUCCCGCAGUUGACACUGAGGACCACCCAAUUAUGGGUGAUGUCACACAAGGUCACGUUCUUAAGGUUGUGACUUCUGAGGGAGAUUUGAAACAGCCUUGGACAAUCCUCAUACAGGACAACGAUACAGAUAAAGAGGAAGACACCACAAGUAAUACUGAAGAAACCACUUCAAACACUGAACAUGAGGGGUUUGAGGUCAAUAAAACUGCAGAGCAAAUCAACGCUAAGAAGAGGCGGCAUCCAUUAGGUUCCUACAAUAAAACAGUUCGGAUGAGGCAGGUGUUUAAGGUCAACUCUCGUGAAGAAACUAAUGCAGAGGAGGAGGAGGAACAGGAGGAAGAGGAAGAAGAGGAGGAGGCGGAUGAGGAAGAUGGUUUAGACUCUGACAAUAAACCCAUUUAUAACGCACAGGCAUCUAGGAAAGCUCACACACAACAGAAUAAUGCAGCGGAUGAAGAGGACGAUUUAGGCUCUGACUGUCAGAUUAUUCAGGAAGAAAGGGUGAUUAAGGUCAAAUCACGUGUAAAGCAGACUAAAGCCAAGAGGAAGGAAUAUUGUUUAGGCGCAGACAAUGAAAUAAUCCAGGAGGAACAGGAAUAUAAGGUCAGAUCACGUGCAAAGAGAACUAAAGCCAAGAAAGACGACUGUUUGGGUGCUGACAGUGAGAUCAUCCGGGAGGAAGAGGUGUUUAAGUUCAGAUCAAGUGCAAAGCAGACUAAAGCCAAGAGGAAGGAUGAUUGUUUAGGAGCGGACGCUGAAAUAAUCCAUGAGGCACAGACAUUUAAGGUGAGAUCCCAUGCAAAGCUGACUAAAGCCAAGAGGAAGGAGGACUGUGAAAUAAUUCAGGAUGAACAGGUCUAUUUACCUGAGGAGAGAUUAGAGGAAAUGAGCAGCUCCACGGCUCACCAGCUCAAUAAAACCGGAGAGGAGGCCACUGGGGUGCAAAGAAACCGAAAAAUAAAGACAACAACUUUCCAGCCGGAAACAAAGGUGACACGGGGGUCAAGGAAGUCCAAAGGUGCUGUGCCUGCUAUCAGCCCUAAAUCAACACAAUUCACUCCCGGAGUGUCUUUGUGUUCUGAAGGACAGGCAGAAAUCCAGACAGGAUUACCAACCGAGGCAGAUGUUGACAGAAAAGGUCAUUCGGAAAACGCAGGUGGAAGAGAAGACGCAGAACACACGCUGGUGGAGAAAGUGAAGAAAAAUAAAAAGUCUAAUAAGCAAACAGGCAAAAUAAAAGAGAAGAGUGUUCAAAUUCAUGAAGACACUGAGACCCAGAAUACCAGCGUCCCUGAGGAUCCCACCUCUACUUCAAAGAAAAAGAAAAAGAAAACGGGAAAACAGAGAAAAGAAGAAGCUGAAGAAGAAAAGGAAGAGCCUAUAAAAGCCCAGAAUUCAACAGUUAAAGUUAAAAAGAAAAAGGGUCAACCAGCAUUUGUUGUAGGAAAACCUCGGCCACAGGAUGCUGAAUGGAUGGCAAAUCCAGUGGAUGAACCUGAGAGACUGAUGACCCUUAAGAGAGAGGUGACGACUCACGGCUCAGAGGAUGACCGACUAGAAAACACAGAGAACACACCAGAACACAGCUAUCUCGACUCUGAAGAUGACAUGGAUGCUGAUACAGACUCAGAGAGUACAGACACACAUGAAGCACACGAAGUCUCUCCCAGAUCAGUUUACAGCACUCACAGAUCACAGCGCUCACUCAUUACAGCUCGUUCAGAUGCCAGCAUUCACAGACUCUCACAGAGCUCCAUCAGAACCACCUCGAUGGGGACGGCGUCCCACUGCGGCCCGUGCAGCCCAGCACCGCUGUCUCUCAUCCACCUGCCUCCUCAGACAGCACUCCCUUCUGCCUCAGACCCCACUAAAUCUGAGCCAAGCGAUGACGUUAAAAGCAACGAGGUUUCAACCAACCAAACAGACAAAAAAGCUGCAGCGCUGGCUGAAAGGGCCGAGCGCCGUCGUCUGGAGGUGGAGAACAAACGGAGGGCGAGAGAGGAGGAAAAGAAGAGACAGCUAGAAACAGAGACGGCAGAAGAGAGGAUGAGGCUGGAACUGGAAGAAGAACAGAGGAGGAGAGCAGAGGAAGCGAGGUUAUGGAAGAUGAGAGAAGAAGAUGAGAGACAAAGAAGACAGGAGGAGGAGAUGGAGAGACAGAGGAGAGAGAGGGCAGAGAAGGACAGAGAAAGAAGACGACAGGAGGAGAAGAGGAGGCUGCUGGAACGGCUUCAGAGAGAAAGACAGGAAGAGGAAAAACGACAGGCGGCCCUACUGGAACGUCAGCGUUUGGAAGAGGAAGCUCGGAAGGAGGAGGAGGUCAGGAAGCUGUCAGAGAUGGAGGAGGAUGAGAGACUGGAGUACCUGCGCAGACAGCAGGAGGAGGAGGAGGAGAGGAGGAAAGCUGCUGAGGAGAGGAGGAGGAAGGAGGAGGAAGCAGCGAUGCACGCUGAGGAAGAGGCCAGACUGCUGGCUGAACUGUUUUCCAGGCAGAGGGCAGCACUGGAGCACCACUUAAAGUUUCACAGGGGACUUUUUGUGGAGUCUGAAGGGCUGGAGCAGACACAGGAUAUCUCCCGGCCCUGGGUUUUCUCCUAUUUCACCCUGUUGAAGCUGCUUGGCUUGGCUGAGCCCACAUCUGAGGACACACUCAAAGAUGUGCAGUAACUCCUGUUCAUGCAGUAAAUUCUCACAACUCGUGUUUCAGUUAUGUGGCGUUUUCUUCAGUAGCUGAACAGUCUGUCACAUGUGAAUCAGUGUGAGUUAAACUGCUGGAUUGCUCAUGUAUUCUCAGAUGUCUAACUCUGGCAUCUCAACAUAUAAGCACUUCUGAAUUCUAGACCUGGAAAAGUAAUGUAAAUUAAUUAGUGCUGUCAAAUGAUUAAUCGCGAUUAAUUUUUUGUUUGCAUAAUAUAUAUGUGUGUUCUGUGUAUAUUUAUUAUGCAUAUAUAAAUACACACACAUACGGUAUAUAUUUUGAAAAUAUUUACGUCUAUAUUUAUAUUCAUAUAAUUUAUAUGAUAAAUAAUUAUAGUUAAUAUAUAAACAUAACCUGUUUUUCUGAAAUAUGUGACCCUGGACCAUAAAACCAGUCUUAAGUCGCUGGGGUAUAUUUGUUGCAAUAGCUAAAAAUACAUUGUAUUUUUCUUUUAUGCCAAAUAUCAGUAGGAUAUUAAGUAAAGAUCAUGUUCCAUGAAGAUAUUUUGUAAAUUUCUUACCUUAAAUGUAUCAAAACUUAAUUUUUGAUUAGUUAUAUGCAUUGCUAAGAAUUCAUUUGGACAACUUUAAAGGUGAUUUUCUUAAUAUUUUGAUUUUUUUUGCACCCUCAGAUUCCAGAUUUUCAAAUAGUUGUAUCUCAGCCAAAUAUUGUCCGAUCCUAACAUAAAUUGACACUUAAGACUGGUUUUGUCGUCCAGGGUCAUACAUGCAUGUGUAUGUAUUUAUAUAUACAUCAUAAAUAUACACUCUAAAAUUAAUAAAAUUUUAAAACACCAUGGGCAUUUUCAUUAAGAGUAUAUAUUUUUCUACAUAUGCCAAGUACUAAAAUUCAUUCAAAUAUUGUUGUGGACAAUGAUUGGGAGUCAAAUGUGGGUCAAAGAGUUUGAGAACCACUUGCAGAGUGAGCAGCGCCCUCUACUGUAUGUGUUCACGUGCAAUAUGUGCUCAUAUUUUGGAGUUAAUUUUGAUCUAUAGUAGAAUAUGAAAUAGAGUAUCACAACAUGCAUCAGCAUCUAGAGGGUAAAAAGACAAGCAGGUAACAGUGAGUUCAUCUUUUGACUGAAUAAAAUGAUUAUUAGCAAUGUUUCAAAUGUGAAAAGCUUGUGCCGGACAAGGGUUAAAAGACCUAAAAUAUCUGUAAGUGGAAAAAUAUGGGCAAACAUUCUUCAUAAGUUAAUAAAAAUAAUGCUGGUAGAUGCCUUUACUAAGAUUUCUCAAUUGAAAAGUAGCUAGUCUAUGCUGACAAAAUAAAUGAAAUAACAAAAACAUAAUUAAAUAGUAAUAAUAAUGGCUAAAUGUAACAUUCAUUGCCUCAAAUACUGCAAUUGGUUUGUAAAAGGUGUCUUCAUGCAGAUUUGGACUGCAUUUUUGUUACAUUCACACAAUUUUGACCAGCAGGUGUCGCCAGCGUAUGUGUUUUGAGUUUAUUAUGAAUAGGCCUUGUGUGGAAAAAUCACCAUCAAAAUCCCUUUUUUGUGCUUCUGAGAGAGAAAGUGCUUGAAUUUAGCUUCCAGCUUCUUUUUGCUGCAACAUCUACGCUAUAGGGAAGGGACCGCUGGCUACUGAUCCCAGAUAAAGUAGUACAUUUGGCUGCAUGUGGAGAACACUUCCCCAGUCUAUUUAGUCCAUUUUAAAUAAAAGUUGCACCAGAGGAAUGCUGGAUAGACACACUCCCUCGUUCAGAUCCUGAUGAAUAACACUAAUAUAUAUUUUUCCUAAUCUGUCUGAUUCCUAAUCACCAACACUGACACUGGCUAAAGCAGCAGUUGCAGAAUAAAAGACCUAAAUAUUAUUUUUCCAUGCUGGAACAAAAAAUGAACAUAUAACAAGCUUUCAGAUGUUUUGCUUCUGUUUGCUUGACAGAUGGUUUGAGCUGCAUUUUCAACUUUGACCAAGGUGACACCUGUAGGUUAUGUAUGUUAGCCAAAACAAGCAAUAAAUUGCAUUUAAAUAAUACUGGC